CUUCAUUCUUGGGAUAUGGCUGCCAAAAGACUUGUCGUGGCCGGAGGAAGCGGCUUCUUAGGGUCCCGAAUUUGCAAAUCAGCUGCUGCUCGAGGAUGGACAGUAACGUCAUUAAGUCGCUCUGGCGAGCCACGGUGGGAUACCGUCACAGAUUCAUCCGAACGUCCAAGCUGGGCCAGCUCAGUAGAAUGGGCCAAGGCUGAUAUGCUCAAGCCGGAAAGCUACAAGCCAUUCCUCAACGGUGCUUCUGCUGUUGUUCAUUCUAUGGGCAUCCUUCUCGAGGCCGAUUACAAGGGUGUGGUACAAGGACGAGAGCCGAUACUCAGUGGGUUGCAACGGGCAUUUAGCUCUUCCAAAAUGGGAAGCCAGAACCCGCUCUCAAGGAAAGAAGGCGAAACUCUGGUGCCAAAGGAGAAGGAUGGUCAAUUAACUUAUGAAUUGAUGAACAGAGAUUCAGCUAUCGCGCUGGCUCAAGAAUCCUCGACCGAACAUGUCCCAGCUUUUGUUUACAUCUCCGCCGCCGCCGGUGCGCCGGUGCUUCCAGCCCGAUACAUCACCACCAAGAGAGAAGCCGAAGCGACCAUCACAUCCAGUCUCCCUGAGCUUCGAAGUAUUUUCAUUCGCCCGGGCUUCAUGUACGAUUCCAGCAGGAAGUUCACGCUGCCGAUCGCCUUGGGUGGCUUUGUCGCCUCUGAAUUCAACACUUUCUUGGGAAACAAGCUUGGCUUCCUUGGGGCCAUGGCUGAAAAGCCAUUGAAGGUAGAUGUGGUGGGUGAGGCCGUGGUCGAGGCAUUGGAGGACGAAACGACAAAGGGUGUCGUCGGGACAAAGCAGAUUGAAGCGCUGGCAACGAAGGCCUGGAGAAAAACGAUGCUUUAAGGACGCCAGGUUGCCGUUUGACAGUUUCAACCCUUUGCAGGACGUGCUCGAAGGAAGUUCUGGGCAAAGUGGUCGAAGUUUUGGC